AUGAGAAAUUGUGAGACACUAGUGUGGAAACCAAAUCUCAGUUUUAGUGUCUCUGAUAUUCCCACUCCCACCCUUCCCCAGAAAACAGGACAGGAGCAUGAGGAGGGACAACCAGAGCAGCAUGUCCGAGUUCCUCUUCCUGGGCUCCACAUCCAUCGAGAGCAGCAAGGCAUGUUCUUUACCCUGUUCCUGGGCAUGUAUCUGAUCACAGUGCUGGGGAACAUGAUCAUCAUCCUUCUCACCAGGCUGGACCCUCACCUCCACACACCCAUGUACUUCGUCCUCAGCCACCUGGCCCUUACAGAUGUCUCCUUUUCAUCUGUCACUGUCCCUAAGAUGCUGAUGUACAUGCAGACUCAGAAUCAAUCCAUUUCCUGUGCAGCAUGUGUAACACAGACAUUUUUUUUCCUAUUUCUUGGUUACACUGAUAACCUUCUUCUUGCAGUGAUGGCCUAUGACAGGUAUGUGGCUAUUUGUCACCCUCUAUGCUACACAAUCAUCAUGAGGGAGGAGCUGUGCAUAUGUCUGUUGGCUGGAUCCUGGCUCCUCUCUUGUGCUGAUGCCUUGAUACAUACCCUUCUCAUGGCUAAAUUGUCUUUCUGUGAUGACAUCAUCCCCCACUUCUUCUGUGACCUUGCUGCCCAGCUUAAGCUGUCCUGCUCAGACACCUCUCUCAAUGAACUGGUCUUAUUCACUGCAGGAGCUUUGGUUUUCUUUUUUCCAUUGACUGGGAUCCUGGUCUCUCAUGGCUGCAUUGGGGUCUCCAUCCUGAGGGUCCCCUCUACUAAAGGGAUCUGCAAAGCCUUGUCCACCUGUGGCUCCCACCUCUCUGUGGUGUCUCUAUUCUAUGGGACAAUUAUGGCCCAGUACUUUUCCUCCUCACCAGGCCAGUCCCAUAACAAAGACAUCAUUGCUUCUGUGAUGUACACAUUGUUCACCCCAUGCUGA